AUGAUCCCGCAGCUACUGCUGAUCUGUCUGGCCGCUUAUGUAUGGCGGACGAAGCAGCUACGGGCUCUGCAAGGCAUCACAAGCGUCUCUCUGCUCGACCAGCUCCGUUAUGCGCUAGCAGAUUUGUUACCUUUUCCUUUAGCAAGAGGUCAAGCGCCGCUGCUACGCGAGCUACACGAACGAUAUCAGUCGCCGGUCCUGAGAGUCGGCUGGUCAGACAUCAGCUUUUCAGGCUCGGGCGAUGCUGCGUUCGACCUUGAGCUCUUCAAGUCGAUAUCGAGGUUACCCAAGAGUUCGCGCACUUAUGGCAUCUUUGAUCCGUCCAUCGAUGGCAAGCACUAUCAGACCGUCUUCACAGCUCGCUCUAUGACAGAUUGGAAGCACGGGCAUCGCAAAUUAAGCCCGCUCUUCCGUCCCAAUGAGACGAGAGCGCGCCAAGAGCUUUUCAAUGGCCCUCUCGCGACAACGCUCGACCUGAUAGACAAGGCGUCCCAGUCAUCAGACUCACUUGAUCUGAUGCCGGCCUUGCGAGCUAUGGCAUCGGACAUCACAUGUCUCUGGCUCGUUGACAAGCCGUAUGGCGCCUUGGACGCGCUUAGUCUGCAAGAUGGCCGACUCGAUUUCGUCGGGCCAGAACGCAAUCUCGGUCCUGGAUUGACUGCGCUCAACCUCGAUUUCAAUCUCGCAUAUCGCUUGCCGUGGCUGUACGAGUCGAAGUUGUACCAGCGAUUCCGUUCAUCCUAUUCGACGGACGCGCUGCAGUCGCUCGACGGCUAUGCAUCCUUCUGUCAGACUGCAGUCGAUGAGCGCAUGAACAGCGAUGCUGGACUGGUAGCAAAGCUGCUGGAUGGCGACGAGGCAAUGACGCGCGAAGAGACUAUCGCUCAGCUAGAAGACUUUGUAUUCGCAGGCACAGACACGCUCACAGCUACUCUCGGCCUAGGCUUGUAUGCGCUCUACGGUCAGCCACAGCAGGUCGAAGCCCUUCGCAACGAUCUCGAGCCUGUAUUCAUCAGUGACAGACCGCGACUUGAUGCGCUUGAGUCGGUUCCUUUGCUUGUUGCGACUGUGCGCGAGAUAUUGCGGAUUGCCGAUAGCAAUCCUCACUUGCUGGAGAAAGAGCUUGCUGAACCAUGGAGUACCCCAAUAAAACUGCCCGAUGGCUCAAAAGCCACAGUGACCAUACCGGCUGGCUAUCGACUUGGCUGCUCUGGCUACGUGCUACACCGCGAUAAGACCACUUAUGGACCUGAUCCGGAGCGAUUUGAUGCCUACAGAUGGCUCAAGCUCGAUACGGCUAGCUGUGCUUGUUAUCAACCCUUCGGGCGCACCCCACGCGCAUGCAUUGCUCAGAACAUGGCGACGGCUGUCCUUACUCUUGUCGUCGCAGACUUCGUCAUGCGGUUUGACGCCGUACCGCUCUCAGGCUCCGCAAUUCUAGAGAACGGCUGGACAGACUCAUUUAACAAACUCGCUCGUCAAACCGCGAUUGACGAACAGCAGACAUCCGAAAUGGCUAAUGCUCAAGCCGAUAUGCCGAUCGCGCCUCUCUUCCCACUGUACGAGAGUGGCCAGCAGCUCGAGAGCCAUCUCGUUGUGCCAGCUCGGCCAGCUCAUCUCAAGGAUCCGUUUGGAGAUGUCACGCCUGAGCUCGGAUGGAAGGUCGAGACGUUUGCCUUUCCCGCGGCAUGGCCGCGAUCAACGCUUGGCUCCGCCGUCAAACUCGGCGAAGUUGUCGCUGGCGAUGCGCCUUCACCUGUCAAGUCAUCUGACAUGCUGCUCUUGCUCCAGACUAUGAACGGUAUCGUUGAGAGGCAGAAUGCGGCUGUGACGACUACCGUAGAGAACAAAGAUGUCUGGUCCAAACAGAAGCAGAUGUACAUCGUCGUCAAUCGUUACUCCCGGAUCAAUGGUCGAAUGUCGUCGAGCAAGACCCAACCAGGAACGACUAUGAUCCUCAAUCAUACCAACGGUCAUCACAAGGAAAUCUGGGAGCCGGCACUAGCGCAUCUCAUCGAUGGCGACAACAAAGAUGGCCAGAGGAUCGACGAGAUCUGGUCGCUCGAUCAUUCGCAUUUUGGCGAUUCUGCACUCGUCAACCGUGGUCGCUUCUCAAUGGAAGAGUACAAUUGGGCCGAUAUGUCGCGCGAUGUCCUGCAAUUCGUACUCAAGUACCUACCGAAGAAAGACCAGGACUACACGAACCUGCAAUCUGAGCCGGCCGGAAAGGAUCAGAAGACGAUCAGACUCUUGCCGGCUCAGGCCGACGUUGAUCCUGCGCUGCUCGAGCUCGACGGUCUGACUGGCUCAAUCAGAGUCGAUACAAAGAACUUUGCAAGCGCAAAGCCUUUCCGUGGUCGUUACAUCUGCAGCGUUGGCCAUUCGCAAGGUUCUGCCGCUGUUCUCGGCGCAGCAUCAUGCCUGCCUUCCAUCUUUGCUCAAGUUGUCGGUCUCGACCCUGUCGCCUUCCCUCCUGGCUUUGAGCGUCAGGAGCUGAAGCCCCUCAUGGGCCUCGCACUGACGCGCAGGGACAACUGGCCCAAUCGAGAUGAGGCCUGGUCAUCGGGCAAGCUCAACAAGGACUUCUAUGGCGCGUGGACGGACGAAGUCUUUACACGUUGGUGCGAUCUUGGUCUCUGGCACAAGCAGGAUGGUACGCUCGGACUGAAGACACUCUACCCAUCAGAAGCCAUCGUCUUUGGAGAUCGCAACUGGGGCGAUGGCGCACGGGAAGUGUGGAAGCGGCUUUCGUUGAUUCCGACGAGCCUGUCGACGCAUAUCGUGAUCCCCAAGACGGGAUCUUUGCUUUUCGAGAGCACGAUCAGGGAGCUGUCCCUUCAGAUUCCAGCGGCUGUCGUCUCGCGCAUCGAAUCGGCCCAUCUGAUGGUCCAGAUCACACCCAAGCUCACCGCGGACACAAUCCUUGCUGGUCUGGUCACGGCCGAACGAGCUCGCCACAUGGCAGCUUCGGUCGAACGCUCGAUCGCUGCUCGCCUCUAG